GCUUUGCGUGUCCAAUAUGGAGGAACUGGCGGUGGAGGUCCGUGGCUCCAACGGGGCUUAUUACAAGGGCUUUGUCAAAGAUAUCCACGAUGACUCUCUCACCAUUGCCUUUGAGAACAAUUGGCAGCCAGAGCGCCAGGUGCCCUUUAAUGAUGUCAGGAUGCCACCGCCCACCGACGGCAAGAAGGACAUUGGAGAAGGCGAAGAGGUGGAGAUUUUGUCCAGAGCCAAUGAUCAGGAGCCUUGUGGUUGGUGGUUGGCUAAAGUCCGCAUGAUGAAGGGAGAUUUCUAUGUGAUAGAGUAUGCAGCCUGCGAUGCAACGUACAAUGAGAUCGUGACCUUUGAGCGUCUGCGUCCAAUCAACACCAACAAGGCCAUCACCAAGAACUCCUUUCACAAGUGCACUGUCCCUGUUCCUCAGGAUCUACAAGAAGCAUGCCAGAAUGAGAACGCCCAUAAGGAAUUUAAGAAAGCUGUGGGAGCCCUUCGCAUCUCAUACUGCCCUGACACCAGCCAACUAGUGAUUAUGUCCAUGAAUGAGGCGACAGUGAAGCGUGUGUCUUUGCUGAGUGACAUGCACCUGCGCAGCAUCAGGACCAAGCUGUUGCUUAUGUCACGCAACCAUGAGGCAACAAAACACCUGGAGAGCUCCAGGCAGCUGGUGUCAUCCUUCCAGGAGGAGUUCACGGUAAGAACAGAUCUGAUGGGCCUGGCCAUCGGCAGCCAUGGCAACAACAUCCAACAAGCACGGAAAGUUCCAGGUGUCACUGCCAUCGAGCUGGAUGAGGAGACUGGCACUUUCAGGAUCUAUGGAGAGUCAGCAGAGGCAGUGAAAAAGGCCAGGAACUAUUUAGAGUUCCUGGAGGACUCUGUCCAGGUCCCAAGGAACCUCGUUGGCAAAGUGAUCGGUAAGAACGGAAAGGUCAUCCAGGAGAUUGUGGACAAGUCGGGCGUGGUCAGGGUCAGGAUAGAAGGAGACAAUGACAACAAGCAGCCCCGACAGGAAGGAAUGGUCCCCUUCACCUUUGUCGGUACUAAGGAGAGUAUUGGCAACGUCCAGGUCCUGCUGGAGUACCACAUCUCUUACCUCAAUGAGGUCGAGCAGCUUCGUCUCGAGAGGAUGCAGAUUGACGAACAGUUGCGUCAGAUCACCCAGAGUCACCGAUCAUCUGACAGGGAAAGAGGAGAGAAAGGAGAGAGAGGAGGAUAUAAUACGGAUGGCAGUGCUAAUGCCUCCUCAUCCUCUUUACAUGGCAGUCGCUCCUAUAAUAGCAGAGGGCGUGGCCGCAGAGGACACAGCUACAGCACUGGAUAUGGCACCAACUCAGAGCAGUCCAACGCCUCCGAGACCGACUCAGAGCGCAGGGAAGAGCUCAGUGACUGGUCACUGGCUGCAGAGGACCAGGAUAGGGAGAGGGAGAGAGGCUCACGGCCACAAAGAGAUGGUCGCAGGAGGCCAGGACCUGGUAGAGGCAGAGGAGGACCUGGAGGACGGGGGAGAGGAGGAAGAGGAGGCUACAGCAACAACUAUGGAGGACAUCGGGACUAUGAGGAUAACAACGCCUACGGGGCCCAAGAGACAAACACAGAGACAGACCAGACAGCUGAUACAGAUGGCAGUGAGUCCAACUUGCCUGCAAACCGCCGCAGAAGAUCUCGAAGGCGCAGAACAGACGAAGAUGCUACGCUGAUUGACGGAUUGAGCGAGUCGGACAAUACCUCAGUCAGCGAAAAUGGAACAGAUGACCCAGAGGCAAAAUCUCAGCGUCGUAAUCGUAGUCGCCGCCGCCGCACCCGCCUGCCUGAAGAGAGGCAGCCAGUGACUGUGGCUGACUACAUAUCCAGGGCUGAGUCUCAGAGCAGACAGCUCAACACCCAGGACUCCAAGAAAAGCAAGGAUGUGGGUCAGGUGGAUACCAUCGCUGAGAACAGCCCGCCGUGCCCAGCAACCACCAAUGGUUCUAGCAGCAACGCUGGAGAAGAGGACAGCAGUCCCACCACAGCUACCAGAUCUUCCACUGAGAGGCCCGCCAAAGUCUCCUACGAGGGGGACUCUAGCCCUCAGCCUGUGGUCAACGGACUCUCCUAGUCAGGGUUCAGAGAGAGGAAAUGGUUUCGAAUAUUUGAAAUUAUUUGGCUGCACUUGAUUUAAUCUCCCCGUCUCUAAAGCAGCCUUACAAGUGAAAACAUUUAAAUACAAAGCACUGUUGAUUCUUUUUCACGACAUAUUACAAAUAUUUGAAACCUUUUUCACUGUGCAAGUUUCAGAGAUCUGAACCUUAACAUCCCCUUUACACACGUGUUCUCUCCAACAAUUCAUUUACAACUUUUUUUUAAAAUAAUAGUUCUUCCUGUAUGAGCUUGCCAAAGAUAGUCAAAUACACACACACUCACAGAAAUCUUCUUAGCUGUAUUUUUCAGCCCACUCUCCAUUGAGAGUUCAGGGAGAAGUCGGACUGAAUGCAGUAUUUAUAAAAUGCAGACAGGGAUUCCACUCAAACCAUACUGUGGUAUGAAUGCAGCAGUUCUUGUUUUUUAAAUGGUAAUAAAAAUAUCACAGCAGGGUUUUAAAAAAAAAAAAGUCUGAAAGAUGCUUCCACAACUGUCUUUUCAGGAUGUUUUGUGCAUCUGAAGUAGUUUGUAAAUUAAGUAUUCUGCAUGAGCAGUACCACAGUGCAGAUAGGUUUGUUGGAAACCCCCGAGUAUGUCUGACAUACAUUUGAUCAGCUGUUGUGCCUUGAGAGUAGAUUCAACAUGUUGUUGCCUGGCUCUGCACACCGUCUGAAAUCUUUUUACUAAUUUCUGUGUUACCUGGUCAUCCUGGCCUGCAGCCACAGUUGAACCAGGUGUCUUCUUGGUCUAUAUGUAUGCCUGUGGCACUGCAGGAAAACACUGAAACAAACUGAAAGGAUUUCAGAGGCAUAUCUUUUUAAAAUCAGGUGUGUUACUUCUUAAUGUUUGUGAGGGGAAAUGAGUCCAGUUAUCCUUUAUAUAUAUAAAUAUAUCUGUUGAGGAGUUUAACAUUAGCUGCUUUCUGUUUUUUCAAUAUGCAACCACUUCAGUUAUAGAAGAAAUGUUAUUACAGCGUGUCUGGAAAAGAAGCAAACGAUAGAAGAGUUGUUUUCUUUGCACUGAAACAAUUUCUGUUAAAAAAAAGUUGAUUGUAGUCGAGUCUGAAAACUGGCCUGUUAAUUGUUUGUUGCUGGACAGAGAUGUAGCUGUCAGUGCUGGGUUUCCCAGAAACAUCUCACGGGACAGUCUGAGUGCCGUUUCCUCCUCAAAGUCAGCUGAAAUAAAAAGAAAGCGCGUUUGUUGUACUUGAGGUUACAACAUGCCCACUCAUUACAAAUGUCCUGUUUAAGUAUUAAAAACCAGACUGCCCUGUUGUUGAGAUGUUUCUAGGAAACCAAGUCAAGGUGACGAUGAUGUCAUUUUCAUGGUUCUUCCUCAGACUGGCUGGCUGGAAACUGGUCAUGACUGUUCCACUAAGGAAGAGAUUUAUUUGGUUUAUUUAUUUAAAAAAUGUACAGUAUUUAAAAAAAGACAAAAACAAGAGAAGCUCCUCUUCUUCUUGACACUAAAACAUGCGUUACCUUGGGUUUUCUUUCAAGACAAAAUGAAAAUUUGGACUGCUGAGAGUUGUGACAUCCCAAGAGUUUUUGUUGGGUCAGCAUAACUACAGUAUGUUUUUUCUUUUUCUUUUUUUUAAAAGGAUUGUUCUGGUUGGUUGAUGUGCAAUAUGUUUUGUAUGCAGGUAGUUCUUAAAUAAACUUGAUCUUUCAUGUAGAUCUAAAACAUGAA